AUGCCACUGUUUCUGCAUGGGCCACUUCGGCCAGCGAAACUCGUUCUAAUAACCCUCGUUAUUACAAUCCUUCUUUCAAGUCCCUGGUUGCUCGCUCCUAAACAAUGGAUACAUACGAAAGGUCUUCGACUAGCGUUUGCCACCCUGCUUCUGGAAAGUAAUGUGAAUUCCACGGCCACCGAUUCCGAUGUGUACUUCAAUAGUGUUCGAAUCCUCAGUUACCAAUUGCAGCAUGAUAAGAGCACAUGCACUAGGCAUUCGAUUCCAUUUCUUGUCCUCACCACGCCAGGGGUUCUUCCAUGGAAACGUGAGCAACUAUCCAGAGAAGGCGCUAUAAUAGUACAAGUACAAAAAGUUGAUUCGAGUUGGGCUAGCCCGGGACACGAAAGGUGGCACGAUGUGAUGGCGAAAUUGAGAGUUUUUGAGUUGACGGAUUAUGAUCGCGUUGCAUUCAUGGAUGCAGAUACAUUUUUACUCAAGUCACUAGACGGGAUUUUCGAAGACCCAGCAGCACAGCCAAAAAAGACUCAACAUAAAUCGGAAGUCCGCCCUGAUGAAGAGCAGCUUCCUGAUCAAUACGUCUUUGCCACAUCGGCCGAGGUCACGCAUACGACGCAUGUAUAUCCACCAAUACCAAUGUCAUAUUUUAAUGCAGGACUUUUUGUUCUCGGCCCGUCAGCAGAACUGUUCAGAUACUAUACCUCAUUGUUCAAGGUGGCGGACCGAUUUGACACAACAUAUCCGGAGCAGAACUUGCUGAAUUAUGCGCACCGACAACAUGGCAACAUGCCAUGGAGCAGGAUCUUUUAUGGAUGGAACAUCCAACUUCCAAAUAUGAAUGACGUGAAACGGGGAGUAGCAAGUGUGCAUGCAAAGCUUUGGACAGCAGGAAAUGACCUCCAACCAGUUCCACAAGAGUUGCAAGAUCUAUGGCAAAAGAAGAAAACAGAAAUGGAGAGAUAUUAUAAAGCUUGA